GCGCUGAUCGCGCAUAAUCGCGCGCACGGAGGGCGGAAUCUGCUCCGCAAUUCGAUCCGUUCGCGCGAGUGUCACGGAGCGUCGGCUCCCGCGGGAAAUCCUCCGGUCUUCCGGGAUAUAUGUGACAGUGUGUGACGGCGAAGUAGCGUCGAUCUUCAGCAGAAUAUUAUGCGGCGCGGGCGUCUUUCUAGCGUCACGUUCGGUACGACGCGAUCGACGAGUCUUUAAAUCCCCGGGCACCGAGAGGUCGCGGACGCGCCGUCGAGAAACCUCGAAAAUCCGUCAACAUCGUCAACGUACUCGCCCGCUGCUCCCAACGGGAUACCGUCCAAGAAGGCACGAGCGUUUCCCCGCGUCUAUCUCACGUCUAUGAUGUUACCGCUCGCGAUGGCGAGUUUCUGCGUGUCCGGGCGCCGGGUUCUCUUUCUCCUUUUGUUCGUGCUGAGUCAGAUGAGUUACGGCCACGAGGAUGAGCACACUGUCCAGUACACCAGCGACAAUUUUUCUACGGAGGUUGGCAAGAAAAAUCACUUCAUCAUGUUCUAUGCGCCAUGGUGUGGCCACUGCCAAAGACUCAGCCCUACAUGGGAGCAGCUGGCAGAGAUCUCAAACGAGGAGGACAGCAACAUAAGGAUUGCUAAGGUGGAUUGCACAAUGGAGAGCGCUCUGUGCAGCGAGCAGGAUGUCACUGGCUAUCCCACGCUAAAGUUUUACAAGGCUGGAGAAACCAAAGGUGUUAAAUUCCGAGGCACUCGAGAUUUACCUUCAUUAACUUCUUUUAUUAAUGAUCAGCUAGGUAGUUCUUUGGCUGAAGACGUCGCUCCGUCUCCUCCAGAAGCUGUGAAUGGAUUAUUGGAAUUAACGGAAGACACGUUCGAGAAACACGUAUCUUCUGGACAUCAUUUUGUCAAGUUUUACGCGCCCUGGUGUGGACACUGCCAGAAAUUAGCUCCAACGUGGGAUGAAUUAGCUAAUAGUCUUCGCAACGACGAUGUAGUCAGUAUUUCUAAGAUAGAUUGCACGCAGCAUCGUAGCAUCUGUGGCCAGUUUGAUAUUAAAGGAUAUCCUACAUUGCUGUGGAUUGAAGAUGGAAAAAAGGUGGAUAAAUACACCGGCCAACGUUCUCACGAAGAUUUGAAGGCUUAUGUGUCAAUGAUGCUGGGUAAGAGCGCCGACGAGUCGAACCAGAAGAGCGAAAGCAGCGAUGGAGUCCCACACGCUAUAUUGAGCCUGACAGCCGAUAGUUUCAAGCAAGGUAUCGAGAAGGGACUUUCGUUUGUCAAGUUUUUCGCACCUUGGUGCGGACACUGCAAACGUUUGGCCCCCACGUGGGAGGAGUUGGGCAAAAAGUUCUUCGGUAACGAUAACGUGAAUAUCGUCAAGGUAGACUGUACGCUUGAUGUGAGUAAACAAUUGUGCAAUGAACAGGAAGUGGAUGGUUUCCCCACGUUAUAUUUAUAUCGUAACGGACGCAAGGUCUCCGAGUACAAUGGCUCGCGCAAUCUCGAUGACCUAUACGAUUUCGUGAUGAAUCAUUUGAAGACACAUGACGAAUUGUAAUUUAUAUUUAUCGUUAAAGCACCGAGUGGAUAGGUCUCAUAAUAUAUUCCCGCUAGCAUAUUUGAAUAAUUAAAUUAAUUCAAUUAAGACGUAUUUCGACCGUUUCAUCAAGUCAAGUGGAAGCAGAAGCAAGUUUUUUCAUUUUUAUACCUUAUACAUCGAGAAAAAAAAACGAUAUAUUAUAUAUAGAAUGUAAUGUAAUAUACUAGAAUAUAAUCCCGAGUCAAAGAAAGAUGUACUUCCAAAAUAUAUCUAUUUAUUGUCUUA